AUGCAAGAUAGAAUGAGAAGGCAGGGGCAAUACGGUGAAGCAGAUAUCAACUCCAUGGUUGCUGCCCAGUUGCAUCACUACCAGGCACAGCAAAGGGUACAGCAACACCCUGAGAAUAGCUACAGUGGAAGAGAACCUGCACAAGCUUCUGGGGAGCAUCAGUACACUCCCCCGAAGUUCUGUAAUAUCAUGCUGACUGUUAGUGAUACAGGACAAGGUGCCGGAGGUGCACAAUCCUUUUACGAUGGCAAGAGAUCUGAUUCAAAGCUUGGUCUAGAAAAGCAGUCCAGUAAGGAGUCUAGGGACCAACCUCAUACUGAUCGGACUGAUACAAGAUAUGAGAAUUAUAAUCUUCCUCGGACAUUUGAAGGUCUUGAACAAAGUUUUCACGAAGACAUUAUUUUGCUAUCCAAGGAACUACAGGAUGCAGAGGUUGCUGAAAAUUCUAGACACAUGGAGAGAUUGAAGGAGAUAAAUACACAAUACCAGGAGAAACUAUUAGCACUUCGAGCUCGGCAAGCAAACUAUAGAGAUGAGUUCCUGCGUAAGGAAUCUCUAGCACGCCAGCAACAAUACCAGCACGCCAGCAUGAGCCAUUAUGCCAAUAAUUCCACGCCUGGGGAACAGCAUGGUUAUCACCCAACAGCAUUGCCUGGGGAGCAGCAUGGUUAUAAUCCUACAGCAGCAGGCACACCACCUGUUGCUGCUGGAGGUGCUUACGGAGAGGCUCAUCGGGGUUAUGCAUCUGGCCAGUAUGAAUCCUUUAGCGAUCGUCCAGAUUACCCAGAGUUCCAUGGUGGGGGCAGAGGUCGUGGUCGUGGUUCUGAACACCGUGGUCAAUACCCUAGUGCUCGUGCUUAUAACUCUGGUGGCCGGCGAUUCUAG